UUAACUUCCACUCAGGCACCGCGUCAGGCAGCUACAGCCGGCUGCUGGGGUCCUUCGCCACGGUGUUGAAGAGGAUUAGCUGCUAACAUGCCGACUGUCGGGGUGAAAAGGGAUCUCGUUUUUCAAGCCUUGGGAAGAACAUACACUGAUGAGGAGUUCGACGAACUGUGCUUUGAAUUUGGGCUGGAGCUGGAUGAAAUUACCACAGAGAAGGAAAUAAUCAGCCGAGAGCAAGGUGACUCUAAAGCAUCGGGAGCAUCUGACAUCAUCCUGUACAAGAUUGAUGUACCAGCUAAUCGCUAUGACCUGCUCUGUCUGGAGGGGUUGGUCCGUGGUCUGCAAGUCUUCAAGAAUAAGCUGGAGGCACCUCGCUACAGACGCGUCAGCCCAGUAAGCGGUGAGACUCAGAAGCUGAUUAUCACCAAAGAGACAGCAGCGGUACGACCACAUGCUGUGGCAGCAGUGUUGAGAAACAUAACCUUCACACAGGAGCGCUAUGACAGCUUCAUUGAGCUGCAGGAAAAACUCCACCAAAAUGUCUGCAGAAAGAGGAGCUUGGUGGCAAUCGGGACCCAUGACCUGGAUACCAUCUCUGGACCCUUCACAUACACAGCCAAACCUCCUGGAGACAUCAGCUUCAAACCACUUAAUCAGACCAAAGAAUACACAGCUACCCAGCUAAUGAGCCUCUACAAGACAGACAGCCACCUAAAGCAUUACCUUCACAUUAUUGAAGACAAACCUGUCUACCCAAUCAUCUAUGACAGCAAUGGAAUUGUCUUGUCCAUGCCUCCAAUCAUUAAUGGGAACCAUACAAAAAUCACCUUAAACACAAAGAAUGUAUUCAUUGAGUGCACCGCCACAGAUCUAACCAAGGCAAAAAUUGUCUUGGACAUGAUGGUGACCAUGUUCUGUGAAUAUUGUGCACAACCUUUUACAGUAGAAGAGGCUGAGGUGGUGUACCCAGAUGGCAAAACCUGCAGAUACCCAGAACUUGCUUACAGGACAGAGAAACUGUCCAGUGAGUUUGUCAACAAAAAAGUUGGCAUCAAUGAAUCAACAGAGAAAAUUGCCCAGCUGCUCACUAGAAUGUGCCUGCGCUCCAAGGCUACUGGUGUUGGCGAUGAGAUCGAGGUUGAGAUCCCACCUACACGAUCCGAUGUCAUCCACGCUUGUGAUAUCAUGGAGGAUGCUGCCAUCGCCUAUGGUUUUAACAACAUAAUCCGCACCACACCGCGCACCUACACAAUAGCCAACCAGUUCCCACUCAAUAAAUUGACUGAGCUGUUGAGGCAAGAUCUUGCAGCUGCUGGAUUCACAGAGGCCCUCAACUUUGCCCUGUGUUCUCAAGAAGAUAUAGCAGAUAAGCUUGGGAAGAAGAUUUCAGAGACCAGAGCAGUUCACAUCUCCAACCCCAAGACGGCAGAGUUUCAGGUGGCGCGCACCACCCUUCUGCCAGGUUUACUGAAAACCAUAGCAGCCAACAGGAAGAUGCCCCUUCCUCUCAAACUGUUUGAGAUAUCUGACGUGGUGCUGAAGGAUGAGACCAAAGAUGUAGGUGCAAGGAACAGUCGGCGCUUCUGUGCAGUUUAUUAUAACAAGAGUCCAGGCUUCGAGGUCAUCCACGGCCUGCUGGACCGAACCAUGCAGCUGCUAGAAGUAAAGCCUGGCCGUGGCGAUGGCUACCACAUCCAGGCUUCAGAUGAUCCCGUCUUCUUCGCUGGCCGCUGCGCAGAGAUAUUUGCCCGAGGGAAGAGCGUGGGGCGUCUCGGAGUCCUCCACCCGGAAGUCAUCAACCGCUUCGAGCUGACCAUGCCCUGCUCCGCCCUGGAGAUCGACAUCGAGCCCUUCCUUGGCCACACUGCUGAACUCCCACUCACACACGACGUCCCCAUGCAGGAGGUCACCGGGCACAAGUUCCCCCCGCGAGCUCAGCCCCCCCACCCAGCUUCCACGAAUACUGUGUUUGGUGACCUGAGCACACCAGCCGGCGUUAAGGCUCUCAAUGACUUUCUUUCGGACAAGAGCUACAUGGAGGGCUUCGCGGCGUCCCAGGCCGACGUUGCAGUGUUUGACGCCGUUGCCUCCGCGCCCUCGCCGACCUUCUGCCACCUCCUGCGCUGGUACAAGCACAUCGCGACGUUCCAGAGGGAAAGAGCCAGGCUGCCGUCAGCCAAGAGGCUGUUUAUCCUUCCAGCCACUCCCCCUGCCCCCACAAACGACACCAGCGACGACGACUUUGACCCGUUUGGCUCAGGCGACGAGGCAGAGCGCGCCGAGGCGGCCAGAAUCAAGGAGGAGCGCCUGGCCGAAUACGCCGCCAAGAAGUCCAAGAAGCCGGCGCUCGCUGCCAAGUCCUCCAUCCUGCUGGACGUCAAGCCCUGGGAUGACGAGACAGACAUGGCCAAGCUGGAGGAGUGCGUCCGCAGCGUCGGCAUGGACGGGCUGCUGUGGGGGCAGUCCAAGCUGGUCCCGGUGGGCUACGGCAUUAAGAAGCUCCAGAUAGGCUGCGUGGUGGAAGACGAGAAGGUGGGCACAGACCUGCUGGAGGAAGCCAUCACCGCCUUUGAGGAAUAUGUUCAGUCUGUUGACGUGGCUGCCUUCAAUAAGAUCUGAAUCUCAAAAGGCACCGGGUUUUUCUGGUCGUAGUACAAAACAUUUUCCGUAUUUGUAAAGUAAUAACCAAGCAACAGAAUCGGCAUUUAUUAUGCAUUUCAUGAACUACACAGAAUCCUGCCUCAAACUUCAAAUAAAGCCUAAUCUUGA